AUGCUUCUUCUUCAACACUCUCCAGUCUCGCUUCUGGCACUGCUUCUGGCAGUGUCGCAGAUAGCGGCUGGCGAAGACCUUUCCUCCCUGCCAGAUUGCGGACAAACUUGCGUCAGCGAUGUGAUGGGAGAUCCCACUCUCCUGGGCUGCGGAUCAGGGGCCACAGCUUGCAUGUGCGCCAACCCUGCGUUCCAAUUCGGCAUCCACGACUGUGUCGUGGCACGAUGCCCGCCCGACGCCAUCGCCACCGUGACAAACUUCGCGAUAGCGUUGUGCGCAACCGCCGUCUCAACACCACCACCGGCCAGUACACCCCUGGUCUCCGACGCGGCAGCAGUACCAGCGACGAGCGCGCCCGUAGCCUCGCCAAGCACCCCCUCAACCCCCCUCCCCAUCAGCACAUCAGUGGCACCGGCCACACCCACCGCGGCGGCCAGCACCCCGUCCUCCGACCCGGCCCCUGCAUCGUCAACCGCCCCCACCGAGCAGCCCAUCACCACCACUGCCGCGGCCGCCACCACGGAAAGCACAGCCGCGGCCGCGACCACGACUUCCGAGGCGUCUCCCACCACCGCGACCGCCACCCCCAGCAGCACCGCGGCGGCCUCGGCUCCCCUGUCUACGGGGACUAAGAUCGGCGUGGGCGUCGGCGCGGCGGCGGCUGCGGCGGGCAUCAUCGCGGCGGCGGUGUUUGUGCUGGUGCGGCGGCGGCGGCGGCAGGCGGACCAGUCGGACGGGUACCUUCGGCAGAUCCAGAUCUCGCAGCCGAUGGCCGGGUCGGGGCGCAGCUUCGCGGGGGGCAGUGGGGAUGGUGGUGAGAGCUUUGAUGGGGGUAGCCACCACGGGGUGGCGAUGUCGAGGUAUGAGACUGGGUUGAGUGAGUUGGAGGCGAGGAGUAGGAGGUAUGAGGAUAUGCCGCCGAGGGAGAAGCCGAGGUAUAUUGUGUGA